GGGUGAUACAAAUGUUGAAUCAAUAGGGAUAAAGUCUAGAUGUGACGCGCAGAUGGCGAUAUUCCCAUGAUGUUAUCGACAGCUGAAUUGCGCUAAGAGUUGAUGUACAGAGGACACUUUGGCAAGCAAGGGGCUUAAGCUUUUUAUGCAAGAGUAAUAUAACUUAAGCCAGACGCUGGACAUUCACUGACCUCCCUCCUGUCUAGGUGGAAGUGACAAAUGUUGGAACAGUUAUAUAGUGACCAGCAGAAAUGUUACUCAAGCUAAACACUUGACACUAUACUGGCCCCAUCCUGUGGAAGUGACAGUGGUUGUGAUAGUUAUUUAGUGAGUAGCAGAAAUGCAAUUCAAGCCAAACACUGGACCUGUACUGACCUCCCUCCUGUUAAGUUGGAAGUGAAAGUGGUUGUCUAGUGAGCAGCAAAAAUAAAAUUCAAGCCAUACACUGGACCUGAACUGACCUCCCUCCUGUUUAAGUGGAAGUGACUGUGCCUCGGAUAGUUGUCAAGUCAAGAAUCACAAGCCAAGUCGUGUCAGCCAGUGCAGUAAAGUGACUCCAAUUAAUGAGCUGACUGACACGCAGCCCACAGACCUACAGGGACUGUCAGUGGAGCUGGAAACUGUCCUGGGAGAAAUCAAGAGCCUACUUAGCAUUCAAGAGGCCAAUGUUAAGUCAUUCCAAGGCUCUUACAAGGAACAUGGGACAUUCAUGAUAGACCAAAUGCGUGUCAAUAUAGAUACUUAUAUAGAUGUAUGUAGUAAUAGGUCUGUGAGUACAUCAAGAACAAAUGAGCAAUGUUUAAAAGAAGAAAUUUGUAGUAGUGUUCUUUCUAUCUUGAAUGAAUUUGAUAAUAUUACUGCGAAGGAACUAAGCGAGAUGAAAGCUGAAGUUAUAAGCAUUAAAGGGUCAGUUACAAGUUCUAUUCAUAAAUGCACCAGUGUUCACAAUGACUUGUCACAAUUUCAUGAAAUUGUUCAGAAAAUUGGAGAUAAUAAGGAGCUCUGCCUUAUAGCCAGCAUAAAAUGUAAGCAUAUAAUACAGCAGGCACUGACUCUGCUGGGAAAGUCAGGCAAGGCGUUUAAUGUCCAGAGUAAUGCUAAGCACAAUGUGAGAAUACCAAGUGAUUCAUAUGAAUGUAUUAUCGCAGGCAUAUGUGUUCUGACUGAUGGGCAGGUGCUGGUCGCAGACUCGACGAAUAAGAGGAUCAAGCUGCUGAACCAGCAGUACCAGGUGGUGAGUCACUGUGAUGUGACUGGAUAUGUAUGGGACAUAUGUCAGAUCACACCCAGUGAGGUUGCAGUGGCUGUGGAUGAUGAUAGCAACACACAUAAUGUCCAGUUUAUCACAGUCACCCAGAGCCAGCUCACUCUUGGUAGGAAGCUUGAGUUACAACAUACAUGUAUAGGUAUUGACCACCAUGAGGGUGAACUGUUUAUCUGCUCUGGUACUGCUUUGUUCAAGUACACACUGAGUGGCAAACAGGUCUGCAGACUCUAUGAAGAUGAAUCUGCUUAUUACACAGUAGACAAGUGUGCUGUGAGUCCCACAGGGGACAGGCUGUACAUCAUCAGCCACUGGCAGAACAAGUUUCUCACCCUGGCCAGGGAUGGCACACGCCUGGCUACAUACACAUUCCCAGCACUAGAGCACCCAUCUGGUCUACAUGUGACCCCUGCAGGCCAGGUGCUGGUCUGUGGAUACUAUCCCGGCACUGUACUACAGGUGGGCUGGGAGGGGCAGAGUAAGCUGGCUACUCUUGCUACACGGGAAGAUGGAGUGAGGAGGCCUCGGUCAGUUUGCUACAGCAGCACCACAUCCUCCAUCAUUGUGGGACAGAAGUGGGACGACACCAUCCUGGUGUUCAGAGUGGAAUAGUGUGUACAUUCGCUGCUGAGUCAGGACAAGGAUGCUGAGGAUGUGGUGGACAAGGAUGACCUGAAUACACAGAAGGAGAGCCCCGGUUUUGAUAUAGAGUUGGUACGGCAACGGCACCAGCCGGGCCUGCAGAAGCCUCAGGUCAAGCACGACCACUCCCCUGACCCCUAGCUUCUCCCAUUUGACAUCCAGCUUCAAAGGGUCAGCAUCGUUGAACAAAUUUCUCCUAUAGAAAAUUUUGAGCAAAGAGUUUUCACACAUGGUUCUCAACAACCACAAUUUUCGUGUCGAGUGAUCCGCACUUGAGCCUGAUUGGUUUGUUAGACCCGAGUGCCGGAGAUGGGACAACCGUUACAGACACAAGGCCUUAUUGCAGCAGUUAUGGCAACAUGUACGGUCAGUUCUCAAUGUUGGACUUCGCAACUAAUAUCAUGAUAAAUACAAAGUUGGAUAACUCGUUCCAUUCUUUUUGGGACAAACAGUACAAGGGAAUGUAACAAGAGAAAAUCAAGGAAUAUUUGUAGAGUUUUAGUCAGAAGCGUAUGCUUACCACUGGGAUACUCCUGGACAGUCUUGACUUUACGGACAGUCCCGGUUUGUCCUCACAGGUGUCCAAACUGUCCAAAGAGAACGCACUUUUGACGCAGUAGCUAACAAAGAAAGGCACCACCGACUUUGUUGUGAACACUCAGAGCUUCCAUGGCCAUGCCUCUGGCGGGAAGUUCGACCAACAGCUGAAACAAGGUGCUAAAGGUGAACCCAUCAGGGUUUGUAACUUCCCACUCCAAUCCUAAACAGCCUGGCAUUGAGUCGGCGCUUGAGAAGGCGUUGAAAAAUGACAGCAGUUUUGUUGUGUGGUCCAAUAUGCUCUUUGAUUCUCAACCCGAUGUUAGGUAGAACUCAAACUGGGCUCUUAGCAAUAUCAGCGAGGCUAGAAUGUCAUCUCUGCAUCUUGAGCUUCAGAAAACAUUAUAAGCAAACAAGACAAACAUCUUGAAUGUUUAGGCAAUCCCAAUCCACUUAUACUACAACUCGCUCAGGAAAUUCAGCACGCCACCUUUUAACAUCUUCUCACAAGGCGCUAAAUCAACACUUCAAACAGUUGAGCCUUGGUGAGUUCAACUUUCAUCCCGACGAGUCACUCGAGGUGAAACAAUCUGAUCCACAGAUAGAGCAGGCGCUGAGUGACUCGCCUCUUAAAGUGACUGACCUCCAUAUAUCGCUCUCCAAUAAUAUGAACCUGAUGCCAGAGGAGCAGCGUUGUCCUACAUUCCCGGUUCAGGGUGGUGACUUUGGCGUCAAGACUCACACAAUCUCUGGCUAUGGCAGCAGCAGCAACAA